AUGUCUGCUCAUAAUAAAGACAAUACUGAAGCAUCAACUAAAAAUGCUGGAAAAAUAUCAAAAUAUUUAAGACAUGUGAUUGCAGAUGUAUCUACUAGAUGGAAUUCUAGUUAUCUUGCAUGGUGCCAUCUCUUAGAGUUAGAAAAGUAUAUUUGUAUAUUAGAAGUUGAAUUAUCAAAAGAUACAAAUUCAGAUUCUAAAAAAGAUUCACACACAAUGAAUCCUAUAAUGAUACAUAUUAUUGAUAAGCUCAAACUUGUAUCAGCAUUAUCUGAAGAAAUAAAUUUCGAAAGUAUUAAUGACAUUUUUUUGGAGCUAGAGAUUUGUAAUAGUGAGAAUGAACAGAAUCUAGACAAGCCUAUACAAACAUUUGGAGCUCUGGAAAAGGUUAAAGAAACUUUGUACUGUGCUAUGCUAUAUUACUGGAAAAAAGAUAAUAAUGAAUCAUAUUUACUUUCCAUUCUUGAUCCUCGGGUCAAAAAGUUUAAUUUUGCAUCUCACAAAUUAAGACAAGUUCAGGACUUGUUAAAAACUAAAUAUUAUGAGGCAAAAACAUUACCAACUUCAGGAUCAGUUACUUUAUCAGCUAUCUCCAAUAUUCAUAAUACUCAAUCUGUAUCUUCUUUUUACAAACCAACACUUUUCAAUAUCUUUAAUAACCUACCAGCUACAAAUUCGCAAAGUGAGUUGGAUGAAUAUCUUACAGUUCCUCAAAUACCUUUCGAAUCAGACCCAUUUGCAUGA